AUGGAAUCGUUUAAGCCACCGCCGGCGCUGCUUCUAGAUGGAAAUCUGUGUGAACACUUUCGGCGGUUCAAACAGAGCUUUGAUAUUUUUAUGCUGGCGACUGGAUAUGAGUCCAAACCAUCGGCAGUCAAGGCGGCGAUGUGGUUAAACCUCAUAGGAGACGAGGCUGUUGAGUUGUUCAACACAUUCGAUCUUCCAGCGGAAGACCGUAGGGAUUUUGAAAAGGUGUUGCGAGCAUUUGAACAUUAUUGUAACCCUGUAAAAAAUAUCGUAGUUGAGCGGUACAAGUUUAAUUGCCGAUCUCAGGAAGAGGGAGAGCCGUUUGACUCGUUUGUGAGAGAUUUAAAAAAGCUGGUUCAAAGUUGUGACUUCAAGGACCAGACAGACAGUGUUGUGCGGGACAGAAUAGUUUUGGGCAUUCGGGACAAAGGGCUGCAGGAACGUUUGUUGCGUGAACCGGAUCUCAGCUUGUCACGGGCAAUGGAACAGUGUAGGGUGGCUGAGCUAGGCAAGCAACGUGCCGACGCUAUACAAACCAAAGCUGUCAAUCCUGUUAAUCGGCGUGAGGAUUCGUCGGAUGAUGAAAUUCACCCGAGAGGAGGCACAGUUGAAACUGUGUGGCGAAAUAGAAGAAAGCAGAAAUCAACUGAACAGCAGCAGGUACCAUACAAAGGGGGGGCUGAACAGAAGCAUGUGCAACAAGGAAGUCCUAAGUGCCGAAGGUGCGGGAGGGUACAUAGGAAGAAUGAGUGCCCUGCCUUUGGAAAAAAAUGUUACAAGUGCAUGAAGUUCAAUCAUUUUGCAACCGUGUGCACCAACCAAGUUGAAGAGGUUAGGUUAACGGGAGGUGAGAUGGAAGAGUUCUUUGUCAGCACAUUAGAAGUGGCAGAAGCAACGACCGGAGUGGAGGAUGCCAAGCCAGGCCGAAAGGAGUGGAUCCAAGAAAUGUGGGUUGAAGGUAAGACUGUAUAUUUCAAGCUUGAUACGGGCUCAGAGGUAAAUAUCAUAUCACAGAGUAUUGUGAAGCAGCUGGCUCGCCCAACCCAGUUGAAAUGGUCACACAUAACACUCGAAGGGUUCGGCGGCAAAAAAGUGAAACCAGUGGGUGUCAUUAAGCUAAUGUGUGGAGUAAAUACAGCAGAUGGUGCUCAGGAGUGCCUGGAGUUUGUUGUUGUUGAAGAUGGUAGCUGCAGAAUGCCCAUUCUUGGACUGCCAGGAUGCGUGUGUUUGAAGUUAGUUUCUCGCAGUUUUGUCCACACCUUACACAGUAGCGUUUUAUCGGAAGAUAAGUUCCUCUCAGAAUUUGCAGAUGUAUUUCAGGGAGUCGGGUGUAUUCCGAACAAGUGCACAUUGGUAGUAGAUAAAUCUGUUCAGCCAGUUGCUAAACCACCUCGAAGAGUGCCCUUUGCCUUAAGAGAUAGAUUAAAAAUCAAGUUGGACGAGCUUGUUAAGCUAGGAAUUAUUGCCAAGGUUGAUCAGCCAACUGGAUGGGUUAGCAACCUAACUGUUGUUGAAAAGGGCGACAAAAGUCUCAGACUCUGUCUAGAUCCAGUAGACCUGAAUAAGGCAAUUUGCAGGGAGUAUCACAUGAUACCAACAUUAGAGGAGUUGAGCUGCCAGCUGAACAAUAAGUCCAUUUUCACAGUGUUGGACCUGAAAGAUGGGUUUUACCAGGUGGAACUAGAUGAGGAAUCAAGUAUGUACUGCACUUUCAGCACACCAUUUGGAUGUUAUAAAUUUCUCAGGCUCCCAUUUGGGUUAUCGAGUGCACCUGAAAUUUUUCAACGAAUAAACAUGCAAAACUUUGGUGAUAUUCCAGUGGUACUAGUAUACUUUGAUGACCUCUUGAUUGCUGCUGCAAAUGAAGUUGAGCACGAUCAAAUAUUGUUACAGGUAGCACAGAGAGCGAGAGCGCUAAAUGUGAAGUUCAAUGUACGCAAGAUUCAGUUCAAAAAGAAGGAGGCAAGGUAUUUUGGGCAUGUGUUCUCCUCAAAUGGUAUGCAGCCAGAUCCCGACCAGGUGCGAGCUAUUCUAGCACUACAAACACCCACCAACAAAGUUGAGCUGCAAAGAGUGUUGGGUUUCAUCAGCUACUUAAGGAAGUUUUUACCUAACUUAGCUAGCAUCAUAGCUCCACUGAGGGAACUCCUGAAGAACGAUACUGAGUGGCAGUGGUUACCAGUGCACACUGAUGUGUUGCAGCAAGUCAAGGAGUUGAUCAGCAAGGCACCAGUACUCGGCUUGUAUGACCCCAACAAAAAACUGUCCAUUCAGUGUGAUGCCUCAAAAGAUGGACUGGGAUGUUGUUUAAUGUGUGAUGAUCAGCCGAUCAGCUAUGCUUCCCGAAGUUUGUCCUCAGCAGAAAAGAAUUAUGCACAAGUCGAGAAGGAAAUGCUCAGUAUUGUGUUUGCAGCGAGAAAGUUUCAUCACUACAUAUAUGGAAGGCAUGUCAUAGUACACACAGACCACAAACCAUUAGUUCCAGUGUUUAAGAAAAGUAUAGCAGAUGUGUAUUCUGUUAGACUUCAACGGAUGAAAAUCAGGCUGCUACGGUACACGCUGUCGGUAGAGUAUCUUCCAGGCAAACUCAUGCAUGUAGCAGACUUACUGUCAAGGGCGUAUUUGCCAGAAGUGGAACAUGCAGAUGAAGAUUUGUCUGCAGAAAUGGUUCACCUUGUGAGUGUGAGUGAUACAAGUCAGGUGUCGACUACUAGAAAGGAUGAGUUCAGGCGGGAAACUGCUAAGGAUACAGCACUGUGUGAGGUUAUGAGGUACUGUCAAAAUGGGUGGCCAGAACACAAACAUCAAGUCAGCCAGCAAGCUCAAAUGUACUUUGUCCAAAGGAAUUGCUUGCAUCUCGACAAGGGUCUAGUGUUCUUAAAUGAUCGCAUUGUAGUGCCAGUGGCAUUGAGGCAGCAGAUGCUACUCUUACUCCAUGAGGGCCACUUAGGCAUAGAAAGAACCAAAGCACGAGCCAGGCAAGUACUGUAUUGGCCAAAAAUGGCAGAAGACAUUGAGAUAUUGGUAAAUAGGUGUUUCACAUGCCAAAAAUUCAGAAGCCAGAAUAAAGCAGAACCACUCAUAUCUCACAACAUUCCAGAAUUACCGUUUGAGAAACUUGGUAUUGAUCUUUGUGACUAUGGGGGCAACAGCUAUAUGGUUGUCAUUGACUACUAUUCCAAGUGGAUUGAAAUAGUACCAGUAGCAAAUAAACAAGCCAAUGAAGUCAUAAGAGGACUGAAAUCUGUGUUUGCUACUCAUGGUGUGCCAAAGCUCAUUAUUUCAGACAAUAUGCCAUUUAACUCCUAUAAAUACAGGCAGUUCGCAAUGAGUUGGGACUUCGAAGUAGUGACAGCAAGUCCUCACUACCCAAAGUCGAAUGGGCUUGCAGAACGAGCAGUGCAGAUUGCUAAGAACAUGUUGAGGAGGUGUUCGGAUUCGUCUAGUGAUCUACCUGUCAUGUUACUAGAGUACAGAAACACUCCUCUGACUGCUGUAGGCCUGUCACCAGCACAGUUGCUAAUGAGUCGCCGGGUAAGGACGAAACUACCAAUGAGGCAGCAGUUACUACAACCGGAAGUGCAGGGAAAGGUAGCAGAAGAACUACGUAACAGGCAAGCGAAGAUCAAACAGUGGUAUGAUCAACGGGCAAGAAAGGCAACCGAGUUCGAGCACCAAGAUAGGGUCUUGUUAAAUAGAAACAAUCAGUGGGAACCAGCAGAAAUUGUACACAAGUCUUCGACUCCGAGAUCAUACGUUGUCCGUGAUCAGGAUGGCCAGCACGUGCGGAGGAACUCCCAUCACUUGAGACCAUCCAGCCUUGCUCCUGAGUUGCAUAGGAGAAGGUCCAGCCUGGACUCUGAUGAUGAGUUCCGGGGGUUCCCAGCAGAAGACGAGGCAGGAGGAGAGUCGCAGGGAGCAGGGUCAAGAGUGCGGCAGGGAGAGUGCCCACCAGCACUGAUGAGUGGUAAGGAAAAGGUCAAUGUGUCGAGAUGUACAAAAAGUGGACGUGAGGUGAAAGUGCCAGCAAGAUACAAAGACUAG